UUCUCCUUUAAAAAGAGAUACUGAGCUCUGUAUAACCAAGCCCCUCCCUUGUGCAGUGUCAGGCACAAAAUAAUUAGAAGCCAGCUGAUUUACAACCAGGAAGGAGAACAAAAUCAGAGAAUAUAAAGGGAUAAACAAAUACUACUGUAUGUUACAACUUUACAAAAAUGUAAUUCCUUUUAUUAGUUAUACAAUGGACUUUCUUUUAGCAUUAGAAAAAAUGGGGCGGUGGAAACCCCCUUUGCAUAAUAAAAUGAGUUAACAGACUGACGCCUCGCACCAUAUGUCUUCUCACAGCCUAUAAAAGUACAUUCCGAUCUAUACGUCUUGACACAAUCGCUAUCCGGGUCGCCAAACCCGUACCCUUAUGGGGCUUGUAGUCUUUUUAUUUGCAAAGCCCCGUCCGCUCCGGCACACUAAGCUUUCCAAUGGGACUACAACUCCCAGAAUGCCUAAUUUCCCCGGGAAGCGCUUUCACUUAGUCGUCGGUUCAUGGCGGCCGCGCAGGCGCAUUCUCUCGUCACCACUACCGCCACGGUCUGCUCAGCAAGUGAUAUAGGAAAGGGAGGCGGAAGGCCCGAAAAAAUGUCUAAGGGCCCAGUCCCGAGCUCCCCGUCUGCGUCCUCCGCUUCCACUGGUGUUAGCGCCGCUGGAGGUUUACAGGCCCAACCAGAAAAGCCGCAGCACUACACGUACCUAAAAGAGUUUCGCACCGAACAGUGUCCCCUGUUUGUGCAGCAUAAGUGCACCCAGCAUCGACCGUACACCUGUUUCCACUGGCAUUUUGUCAACCAGCGCCGGCGGAGAUCAGUGAGGAGGCGUGAUGGGACCUUUAGCUACAGUCCAGAUAUCUAUUGUACCAAGUAUGAUGAGACUACGGGACUAUGUCCAGAUGGUGAUGAAUGCCCCUUUCUACAUAGGACAACAGGGGAUACAGAAAGACGGUACCACCUACGCUACUACAAAACUGGCAUCUGUAUCCAUGAAACGGAUUCCAAGGGUCACUGCACCAAGAACGGUCAGCAUUGUGCCUUUGCUCAUGGGCCACACGACCUGCGCACUCCUGUGUACGACAUCAGAGAACUGCAAGCAAUGGAAGCUUUGCAGAAUGGUCAGCCAACUCCUGAUGGGGGUAUAGAAGGGCAGACAGCCAUGGCAGCUAGCCAUGCCAUGAUAGAAAAGAUUUUAGGGGAGGAACCACGCUGGCGGGAUACCACAUAUGUUCUUGGACACUACAAGACCGAACAGUGCAAGAAGCCUCCUCGACUGUGCCGUCAAGGGUAUGCCUGCCCUUAUUAUCACAACAGCAAAGACCGGAGAAGAAGCCCACGCCAAAACAAAUAUAGGUCUUCCCCAUGCCCUAAUGUGAAACACGGUGAUGAGUGGGGAGAUCCCAGCAAGUGUGAGAGUGGGGAUUCAUGCCAGUAUUGUCAUACACGAACAGAACAACAGUUUCACCCUGAGAUCUACAAGUCAACCAAAUGCAAUGACAUGCAGCAAUCUGGGAGCUGCCCACGUGGGCCUUUCUGCGCCUUUGCUCAUAUUGAACAGUCUCUGGUAUGCGAUGAUCUUCAGUCUCCCUCAUCUGUGUCCAGCCCUACACAGAUGGCACCCAUUAUGUACAUGCCAUCAGCAGCAGGAGACUCUGUUCCUGUCAGUCCCUCAAGCCCUCAUGCACCAGACUUCAGCAGUGUAUGGGGGAAGAUGAGCCACCUCCCCACUAGCCCAACAUCAGCCACAAUGCUUUGUGCCAGCCUAGGAAGCCCAACCAAUCCCUGUGGGUCUCCGCCUGGCUCGCUAGGCAAACCCCACAGUUUAGAUCAUUUAGGUUUUCACACGGACCUACCUGUUAGUUACAAGAAAGCUCCAGGUUGUGAACGUGAGGACUCUGUGGGUGCAGAUUACCUCAAAAGUUACAAAAGCCAGGCAAAGUUAAAACCUCACUCUUUGGAACACAGACACCAGGAGCAGCCUCUUCUGCAGUCUAAGCAGGAAGUACUGGGUAUGUUGCCCAUGGGGAGCCCGCUUACCUCCAGCAUCUCCUCAAGUAUCACAUCCAGUCUAGCUGCCACUCCACCCAGCCCAGCUGCCAUCAGCGGAACCCCUGGUAUGAACGCCAAUGCACUUCCUUUUUAUCCAACCAGUGACACGGUGGAGUCUGUCAUAGAAUCUGCACUAGAUGACCUGGAUCUCAAUGAGUUUGGAGUAGCAGCUCUAGAGAAAUCGUUUGACAGCAGCUCAGGUCCUGCCACAGGAGGCAUUAUGAUUGGGGGAAGCCUGAUGCAAAGCUCUGCCCCGGUUAAUAUCCCUGGGUCAUUAGGAAGUUCAGCCUCAUUCCAUUCCACCUCCCCGUCACCACCAGUCAGCCUUUCCUCACAUUUCCUGCAUCAGACUACGGGACCACACAGCCAAUCUGACAAUGCCUUCCUUAGUACAUCAGCCACUCAUGGAUCACUAGGCCUGAAUGGCAUGAAUAACAGCAUUUGGGAGCACUUUGUAUCAGGGAGCUUCUCCCCAGGAACGUCCCCAGGUUUUCUAUCAGGCCCAGGGGGAGCUGAGUUUAUCAGAUUGCGACAUGAGUUAGAGGAGGCCAGCAGCACUAUUAAACAGUGGGAAGACUCUUGGAAGCAAGCUAAGCAGGCUUGUGAUGCCUGGAAGAAGGAAGCGGAAGAGGCCAAUGAGCGAGCAACAGCUGCUAGCAUGGAAUGUGAACUAGCCCGGGAGCAGAGGGAUGCUCUGGAGCUGCAGCUAAAGAAGCUUCAGGAAGAGCUGGAGAGGGUUCCAGGAGGGCAAGAUUCAAAGAUGUAUGGCUCUAUGUCUGAGCUGGAGGGUCUUCCCCUUGCCACCCUGUAUACAAUCCAGAAGCAACUACAUGCCAGCCUGGAAAGAGUCGACAAGGUCAGGCAGAGGGGCAGUAUACCAGCUCAAAUCAACAAGAUGUCCUAAAUGUCAGGACCAAAACAGGACAAUGCUUCAGUGCCAACACUCGGUGCUAUGUGAAAUGUGCAAGGCUGAAGAAGAAGAUUGCCAGACGAAUAUUACGCCUGUCUUGCAGCCGUGACCCUUGGCUGCCUGGACACAGGCACUUCCAAACUCUUAAUUUUUUGAUACACUUUUAUAAAUAUAUAUUCAUACAAUGAAAUCCUAGUGAAACUGAGCACUUUUAAACAAAGGAACAUUUUUUUCAUUCCCAUGGAAGGUACCCAUAAGCCUUUUUUUUUUCUGCUGAGGGAGAGACUGAACUGAAACCAAUAUGCACAACCUCUUACAAGAGUGAAAUGGCUGAAAAUCAUAUCUAUCCUGUGUGGGGUAAAAUUUAGAAGUGUUUUACAAUUAUAUCAAUUAAUGGGACCACUUUAGUGUCACCGUUUUGCAGACAUCAAGUUAAGCUUUACCCAGUUUCUGGGAGGAACUCUACUGAGUCACAGUACUCUGGUUGGUUGGCUGUUUUGUGGUUACAAAACUUUGUUUCUCUGAAGUGUUUAAUUAAGGAUGUCUGCUUCUUUUAAUCAGAUUUGUAGAUUUUCAGCUUGUUGAGGGAACACUGCAUUAUCAGUGAAAGGACAAGUGUUCAUAAUUGUCCAACUCUGUGGGGCCGAUUCACUAAAUUUGAGUGAAGGAUUCGAAGUAAAAAAACUUCGAAUUUCGAAGUUUUUUUUGGGCUACUUCGACCAUGGAAUGGGCUGCUUUGACCUUCGACUAC